AUGCCUUCUCCUCAGACUUUGCCCUACGGCCGAUGGAAGAGUCCGCUUACAGCGGAACGCUUGGCUACCUGUAGCAUCUCUCUCCAUGAAGUGGCCGUGAAUGAAAAUUCAGGUGCUAUUUACUCGGUAGAAUGCCAUCCAACCGAAGAUGGCCGCUUCGCUAUCGUAGAGCAUCUCAAUGGUCAAUCUAAGGAUGCUCUGCCCAGGGAGUUCAGCGCCCAUGCUACCGUGCAAGAGUGUGGCGGCGGCUCUAUCUCAAUGAGGCCAGACGGGCAGAUUUUAUUCGCGGAUGAGAGCUCUUGUAGCAUCUAUAUGUUAGAUCCGGCCACAAGCCAAGUCAAGCUUAUCCACCCGGCAGUCGAGGGAAUUCGAUAUGCUGAAUUCAGCACUCAUCCGCAGCAUCAUCAAUGGAUCAUUGCAAUCAAAGAGGACCACCGAGAGGCUACUCCCGAGACUCAAGCAACCCAUGUGUAUAACACACUGGUGGCGAUUAAUGUUGAAUCUGGAGAAGAGACGACAAUCGCACAAGGCGAUGACUUCUACUCCCAUCCAAAAUUUGAUGCUUCUGGAAAGUACGUUUCUUGGAUUCAGUGGACUCAUCCUGACAUGCCAUGGACCGGCACUGUCCUGCAUAUGGCGGAAUGGACAGAUGGAUCAUUGACAAAUGUCACACGCAUUGCUGGAAAGGCACAACAGGAAAGUAUUGCCCAACCUAAAUGGGGUGUGGAUGGAUUGCUAUACUUUGUCAGUGAUCGCACGGGUUUUUGGCAAUUAUAUACCUUCAACCCGAAGGACCAGAAUCUGCGAUACUUAUCACUCAAUGGCUAUGAAAAGUCUGAGUUCGCUAUCGCCGAAUGGGAACUUGGAAGCUCUACAUAUCUUUUAUUGGAUGAGAAGACGAUUGUUGCUACAGCUGUGACAAAUGGCACCAGCAAAAUGCUUCUCGUCGACACUAAUACUCUGGCUGUCCAAGAUCUUAAUCUUCCCUACCUGGAUAUCGGAAAUAGGGCAAAUGCUAUCCACCGUGUCUCAUCAACAAGCUUUGCAGAAUUGGGUCUUGUAUCGAUAAAACCCUCUUUUGACGUGGAGAAGUCGGUCCUCACAUCCACCGCAUCUUUUGAAUUGGCACCUGAAUACGUUUCUCAAGCGACGGAGUAUAUUGCUCCUCAAAAAUACGGCCCCAUCUCUGAUGGCAAAGUUCAUAUGUUUUUCUUUCCUCCUUGCAACCCAGAAUUCCAGGCAGAUGGGAGCAAACUUCCUCCAGUUCUAACAUAUGUCCACGGGGGACCAAAUGGAUGCUCUUUCCCUGCCCUAAACUUGGAAACCCAAUACUGGACUACUCGCGGCUUCGCCGUUUGUGCAGUCAACUACACUGGAUCGACUGGAUUUGGACGCGAGUACCGCGAGAAAUUGUCCGGCCACUGGGGCAUCGUCGACGUGGCCGACGCCGUCAGUGCCGUUGAAUACCUCGCCGAGAAGAAACUUAUCGAUAAAAAUAGAGUCGGUAUCUAUGGCCAAAGUGCCGGUGGGUACUUGACUCUGCGAGCUCUACACAUGUACCCUAACGUCUGGGCGGCGGGAAUCAGCUCUUACGGAAUCAGCGAUGUGCGGGCCCUUCAGGCAGACUCGUACAAAUUCGAAAGUCAAGAUGUCGACCGCAUUCUGCUAGGGAAAACUGCACAGGAAGACCGAGCACGGGUGCUAAAGGAGCGCAGCCCAUGCCACUAUGCUCAGGACAUGAAGGCGCCUCUACUGCUACUGCAAGGAACGACUGAUAUGGUGGUGCCUUUGGCACAGGCACGCAUGAUGGCUUCAGCUAUGCAGGAGCAAGGACGGGUCGCCGAAGUUGUGGAAUUCGAGGGUGAAGGUCAUGGGUGGGUUGGACAGAAAGCCAUUUACGAAUCCUUCACUCGGAAGGAGGAGUGGUGGAAACGCCAUCUGACUUAG